AUGAGAUAAGUUUUUGGUACAUCUAGAUUUUAGAACCAAUAAUUUAAUUCAUCUUUGAGUGGAGCCAAACUAGACUCAAACGUGAAAUUACAUUCUAAUUACAAGAAUAUGGAUUAACAUACAUUAACAAAGAUUAAUGAAGAAAGACCAUAAACACAUCAAACUUUUGGUCAUCGUUAUCAUUAACAAGAUUACGAAUUUAUUAAUUUGUAUGAAUCUACAAAACAACUUGUAUCAAUUUCAUUACAAUAUUGUGAACCUCAUGAAUUGGCGGUCGAUUUGAUUUUAAGAUAUGAUUUAAUUGGUGAUUCUACUUUAAUAGAGGAAUAGAAAUAUGAAGAAUCUUAAAUUGUAUAAUUCAAUACUUUGUAUUAAAUUCCUAGUGAAAUGAAGAUGGAACUUGACUAAUGA